AUGGCGAAUUUAACUGAGGAUGGAAAUUAUACGACAACAGGCCUGGGGUUUUCCUGUUCUCUAGGUCUCGGAACAGCUCAGAAGAUAUUCAUUUCAACUAUAAAUCUUCCCUCAUCCACUUUUGCAAUUAUUGGAAAUCUCUUGAUCAUCAUUGCUCUCCGAAAGGUGUCGUGCCUUCAUCCGCCGUCAAAACUCUUGCUCAGUUGUCUUGCUUGCACAGAUUUGGGCGUGGGCCUUAUUUCACAUCCUCUUUUCAGUAUUUUCCUUAUGGCCCCUGAGCACUCAAGGGUUUGUUUCUUCUCUUCUUUACUUUUUCUUAUCACUGGUUCAAUAUUUUGUGGGGUAUCUUCGUCAACAAUGACUGCAAUAAGUGUGGACAGACUUCUAGCUCUGUCGCUGGGACUAAGAUACAAACAGGUUGUAACUAUGAGGCGAGUAAAGGCUCUCGUUGGUACUCAUUGGGUCUUAUGCAUUAUCAUUAUGCCGGUACUAUUUCAUAGUUAUCGCAUUUUCCUAGGCAUUGGGUCUGCAAUGUUUUUGUUAAGCAUAAUGAUCUCUUCAUUUUGUUACAUCAAAAUUUAUCGCACUCUCCGCCUCUCGCAAGCACAAGUUCAGAGCCAAGGUCACCAAGGACAACAGAAUGAAGAACCAACUCCACUGAAUAACGCGAGAUACAAAAAAACAGUGUCCACAGCACUGUGGGUACAAAUGGCAUCACUGGUUUGUUAUCUCCCUUUUGUUUUGGUCAUUGGUUUUGUUUCUAUCACUGAACAUGAAACGCCAUUAUUCAACUUUGUCUCGUGUUUAUCGACAUCUCUUAUGUUGUCUAACUCGACUAUAAAUCCAAUCCUGUAUUGUUGGAGGAUGAGAGAAAUGAAACGAGCCGUAAAGCACACGAUAAGACAAUUUUGUUGUUAUCCUAAUGAAGAAACUUAGAAACACCGUGACUUUAACAAGAUGCGAUGGCAGUCCACUGCGUUAUGAGUAAUUGUUGUAAAUACAACCUUCUAGAAAUCUCCAGACUGCUUGGUCAUGCUGACUUGCAUACCAUGGAACUUUCUGGAGCAUUUCAUAAUGUCACGCACCUGUUAUGUAAUACUACUAAAACAGUUAUCAUCCAAGCUUCUGGAAUGUUCCAGAACACCUUGUAAAUAUAUAAAGACUGACUUAUGUAGUAGUAGGGCUAGUUACAGUUGUUGUUGUCGGAGCGAAGACUGUUUUGAAAGCUCUACCGAGAAAGAGUUACCGCGGAAAAUUGCUCAUUUCAAGGCACUUUGGAGACAGCAAUGAGAUUGUCUCAGUGGUGAGCUAGGAUGUUGAUUGUGGUAGGCUUACUGAAUUAAGUUUAUUAACGAUAAGUAUUGUACUGCUUUUAGGAGGCGCUCUUUGUUAAGAACAUUACUCGCUGUUUAAUAACAUAAUUGAGUUUGUGGGAUUGUGAUUUUAUACCGUAACAACUGCAAGUAAUGUGGGGUCGACCUGUAUACUGUGAGGUCGAUCUGACCACUUUGAGUUGAAUGAUACCAUCAGUUAUUUACAUAAUACCUUGC